UAAAACAUCUACCUGGUGCGGUCUAUUCGACACGACUCCUAAAAUAAACAAAAGAAACAUCCACUUCAUCAUCAUCAGUCACCGAUGUACUUGGACUUCGCCUCCUAAAUGAAAAUGAGCUCGGCUUACAGUAUAAAAGGUGUGGCUUCUGCAGGUGAUAGUGUGCCUGCCUUCUGCGCUUCAGAUCGAACCAGAGUCAAACAAUGCGUGCAGUCGUCGUCAUAGUCUUCGCAACGCUCUCAGUGUGCUGUUACACGCUUGCGAAUCCAGUUCCUCAAAACAAAGAUGCGGUGACGGAAAAUGAAAAACAAGAAAAAGGUGUACAGUUGGCAAAAUCUCCAGCUACCGCAAAUGACACGCAUCCUCAUGACAUCGCUCAUGGCUGUGAAGAUGCCAAACGUGCAGAAGUGGGCCUUGCAGGUUGCAUUUAUUACUGCAAAUAUGUAUCUCAAAACAACACUUGGCUCUACGGGCAUUAUAUACCCUAUGGCAUAGACUGCUGGGCAGAUGACGUUGAUAGUGAAACGGAUAAAGAUGGUGUACCUGGAAGAUGCUACAAUGGGUUAUGCUACCCUGAUGACCAUGACGCCAUAAAGCACCUUCCACCAAGGACAGAAAGUCCAUCAGAAGCAGAUAAUUGAAUAAUAAAAGUCGCUUGAUAU